AUGAAACUAGUGAAGAUUAGAAUAUGGUGUUUUCAGGAUAAAAUCGUGCUCGGAACUGAUUAUCCAUUUCCACUUGGAGAGCUAGAAGUUGGAAAGGUCGUCGAGGAUUACGAUGGUUUCUCCAACGACGAUAAAAAUCAACUGUUAUGGAGCAAUGCGAUCAACAUGCUUGGCCUUAACGAGACCUCACUUUGUACUCAUCUGCCUUGA